CUUUGACAUCUGGACAAACAGUCGCACCAGCAAAUUCACCAAGAUGCUGGUGCUGCCCACCUCAUCAUUCCCUCCAUUUCACCUCAGAGCUACGAACCUCCCUGCUUUUACUACUAAUGCCAUACGCCGAAUUGGCCAUGACUCAUCUGUUGUCAGUCCAAUAAAAUACAGACGAGGGACGUGGAUCCUAAACAGAAACCCAACUCAAAUUUCGUCAUCAAACGACAAUCAGACGGUGGUGGUUGAUGAAAAAUGUAUUUUAGUUUCCUCUUCGACUGUCGUGAGGAAGUUCUAUGAUGGAAUCAACAGCCACGAUUUGGCUUCCGUGGAGGGCCUCAUUGCCGAGAACUGCGUCUACGAGGACCUUAUCUUCCCAAAACCCUUCGUUGGUCGCGAGAAAAAGGCUAAAGUGGGUCGUCCUUAUCUGCACACGGGUACGGUGUCUACGCGACCCUGA